AUGGAACCCCACCGCUGGCUGCCCCUCGAGGCCAAUCCCGAUGUCACGAAUCAGUUUCUUAAACAGUUAGGUAUACACCCUGACUGGCAAUUUGUAGAUGUUUAUGGCAUGGAACCAGAACUGCUUAGCAUGGUGCCAAGACCUGUCUGUGCAGUGCUACUUCUCUUUCCAAUAACAGAAAAGUAUGAGACCUUCAGAACAGAAGAGGAAGAAAGAAUAAAAGCUAAGGGUCAAGAUGUCAAAUCAUCAGUGUACUUCAUGAAGCAGACCAUUAACAAUGCUUGUGGAACAAUUGGAUUAAUUCAUGCUAUUGCAAACAACAGAGAUAAAAUGAAUUUUGAAACUAAUUCUUCACUGAAAAAGUUCCUAGAAGAUUCAUUAUCUAUGACUCCUGAAGAGAGGGCCAAAUAUCUAGAAACAUAUGAAGCUAUUCGUGUCACUCAUGAAUCCAGUGCCCAUGAAGGUCAGACUGAGGCACCAAGUAUAGAUGAAAAAGUAGAUCUUCACUUUAUUGCAUUAGUUAAUGUAGGUGGUCAUCUCUAUGAAUUGGAUGGGCGCAAGCCAUUUCCAAUCAACCAUGGGGAAACUAGUGAUGAUUCUUUUUUAGAGGAUGCAAUAGAAGUUUGUAAGAAAUUCAUGGAACGUGACCCAGAAGAGUUAAGAUUUAAUGCAAUUGCACUGUCUGCAGCUUAA